AUGCUCCGCUACGCCGCUCGCCCCCUGCGGGCCGCUCGAGGAUUCUCGACCUCCGCUCCCCGCCGCGGCGGCCACUCCGGCGCCCACGGCUCCGCCGAGCACGACACCGUUGAGAACUUCAUGAACGCUACCUGGCGCAACGCCUUCAUCGCCAUUGCCGCCGUCGCGCUCGCUGUCAAGUACGGCCCCUCGCCGAUUGAGGGUGUUUCGGCUUCGCCCUCGGUCUCGAACGACAACCUCGAGAAGGAGGCCGCGGACAAGAACGCGCCGUGGAUCACGCGUUGGUACGCCAACAACAUGAAGGGCGACGGCAAGCUGUGGGACGAGCGCAACGCCAAGCACCUCGAGCUCACGAUGCAAGCCGCCGACACGCGCCUGCUCUACAACGAGGCCGAGCUCCCCCACGUCUACCGCCUCAAGAACCCGUCGUCCUUCCUCCAGGCCUCGCCGCACUCGAUCGGCGUCGGAACCCAGGCCAACCUCAACGGCACCGUCAUCAAGGAGGACGGAUCCCCGGACGUCACCCUCAAGGACGUCAAGAUCUAG